AUGACGCGGUUGGCGACCAUCCCCGGGGUAUGUCCGGCGUCAACGUCGGGAUCCGCGGCGCCCCGCGCGCGCUCCCGCGCGCGUCGCCUCGCGGUCCUCGCGCGUUCUUGGCAGGGCCAAAAAGCGAGAGGGGCGAGAUCCGCGAGCGGCGCGCACAGGGUGAAGGUCCCGCUGCCGUCCGAGGGCCCCCUCGCGCCGCCCCCCGACGUCGUAGACGCCGUCGACGCGUGGCCGUGGCGCGGUGGGCUCGAGCCCUGCGGCGACCACGACCUCGCAUCCGUCGAGGUGGAGGGCACGAUCCCGAGAGAUCUCAGCGGCAGCUUUUACCGCGUCGGCCCCGGGCGCAUCCGCGUGGGCAAGGAUCGAUACGCGCACUGGUUCGACGGCGACGGCAUGAUCUUCGGCGCGGAGCUCGACGGAUCAUCGAACACCGCGCGGGCCGCGUGCAAGAUGGUGCGCACCCCGCGGCUCGCGAAGCAGGAGAGAGCCGGCGACGACGCGGGCGUCGCCGUGCGGGGCGCGUGGACCCAGGCCAGAUCCAACCUCGCCAACCUCUUCAACUUCCCGACCAACCCCGCGAACACGUCGCCGUUGUUUCACGCGGGGAAACUCCUGGUGCUCUGCGAGGGAGGCGCGCCCAUCGAGGUGGACCCGCUGUCGCUGGAAACCGUGGGGGAGCGCAUCUUCGGGCCGAACCUCCCGAUGGGCUUCAGCGCGCACGCCAAGAAAGACUCGAGAGACGGGCGGCUCUACACGUGGGGCUUGUGCAAACCCCCCGCCGUGGGGUUCCAGGUGGCGAAGCUCGCCGCGGACGGACGCGUGGAAAAGGUGGUGCAGUUGCCCCUGGACACUCCCGAGUUCACGCUGAUCCACGACUGCGCGAUGAGCGACAGGUUCCUGGCGUUUGUCGUCCCGCCGUGGAAGCUUGGGUUCGACAAAGUCGCGGGCGCCCUCUCGGGAGCGAGCUCGUUCGGGCACUCCUUCGACUGGCGCGACGACCUCGGGACGUACCUCGUGAUCAUCGAGAAGGCGACGAUGGCGGUGGUGCACCAGGGGACGAUACCCGCGAUGUCCACGUACCAUUUCGCCGGCGCCUACGAGGAGGUGGCAGAGGUGCCUAAACCCCCGGGCGGGUCCUGGGACGAGCACGACGACCCGUUCGAAUUUUGCGGGUACACCGGCUUCGGCGACGCGGAGUGCGCGGACGAUGACGUUCUGGACGGGAAGGAGGACGGGAAGGAGGACGAGGAGAAGGAGCCGCGGACGCGGGAGCUGCUGCACAUCCUCGUCAACCGUCUCAACGGCGACCGCCGCGCGCUGGAGGCGAACUUCUCCAGCAUGUACGACUCGGUUUGGGACCCCACGGGGUACAACACCCUGUGCGAUUACGUGGUGGAUCUGGGCACGGGCGCGCUGCUGUCCAGCGAGGCGCUGGUUCCCACCGGCGACGCGGCUUGGGGCGGGAAGGGCGACAUCGACGACGGGCAGCUGCCCAUGGAGUUUCCGGUCACCGCCCCCGGCGCGAGGCUUCGAAAGCCUCGGUUCGUGUACACCCUCGGGUUCACCGGCGGCGGCGCGGGAUACUUUGACAGCGUUCAGAAGCUGGACGCGGGCGCGUGCAAGUGGAGGGACGGCGUGCGGGUGUGCCAGCGAUCGGGAGCGCACAAGACUCGCGUGAUGCCCCCCGGCGUGUUCCCCUCGGAGGUUGAGUUUGUGCCGAAGAAGGCGGGUGAGGUGAGCGAGGAGGAGGAGGAUGACGGCUACCUGCUCUACCUCGAGUACGAUUCGAGAGUGCACAGGAGCUCGCUGGUGAUUCUGGACGCCGCGGACAUCGAGGGAAAGGAGUUGGCGAGGGUGAAGAUGCCCUACCACGUCCCCCACACCUUCCACGGAACCUUCAAGAGGGCUGGGGAGGGCGCAAGGUGA